AUUUUCUUCUAUCAAACUGCAAACUUAAAAAAAACGACGUCGAAAAAGAAAUCCUUUUUGUCGGUUAGAAAAGAUAAGUUCUGGUUAGAUAAUGUGAAAUAUUUACGGUUGAUGUGGUUCAAUUUUUAUUUCGCUCUUUCAAUACCUCUGACGCAUUAAAAACAUCUGUGUAACGGUUUUUCUUAGUGUUCUAAAAGCGAUAUAAUUGCACGAUUCUGCAUGCAUGCUGCAAUUACCAUAAAAUAUGGAGGACGAAAAUGAAUAUAAGAAGUUACCAACAGAUGAAAAAUGUGUUCAUAAGCUAUGGAAAGCCAGAGUAGCAGGAUAUGAAGAAGCUAUUAAACUUUUUAACCAGAUUGACGAUGAAAAGUCCCCAGAGUGGAAUAAAUAUUUGGGCCUUAUAAAGAAAUUUGUUACAGACAGUAAUGCAGUUGCCCAAGAAAGAGGUUUGGAAGCGGCGCUCGUUUUCGUGGAAAACUGUGGACAUGCUGGCAAGACUACCGGUGAGGUUAUGUCCGGCAUCGUCGCUAAGUGCAUCGCCGCGCCGAAAACUAAGACAAAAGAUCUUGCCUUGCAGAUCACGCUAAUGUACAUAGAAAUUGAAAAACAUGAAGUUGUCGAAGAGGAGCUACUUAAAGGCAUGGAACAGAAGAAUCCUAAAGUGGUAGCAGCCUGCGUUUCCGCACUCAACACCGCACUGAAGCAGUUUGGAAACAAAGUGAUAGCCAUCAAGCCCAUGGUCAAGAAGAUACCCAUACUGUUGGCGGACAGAGAUAAGGGUGUGCGAGAUGAAAUGAAGGCGCUUGUGGUUGAAAUGCACAGAUGGAUUGGAGCAGCAGUGGAGCCCCACAUAGCACCACUUCAAGCGGUGGUGCAACAGGAGCUGCGAGAGGCUUUCGGUGGCUCUGGAGGGGCUGCACCCACCAGAUAUCUGCGUUCUCAACAGAACAAAGUUAGAGACACACCGCCCACUGAUGCUGCUGAUGGUGGUGCAGAUGAUGAAGAUGCGGAGACAGGAGGUGGAGACUCCCCAGACAUAGACCCUUAUGAGCUGUUGGACCCAGUGGAGAUAUUAUCCAAACUGCCCAAAGAUUUUUAUGACAAGCUAGAAAACAAGAAGUGGCAAGAACGGAAAGAAGCUUUGGAUGUGCUUGAGAAUCUAUUGAAAAAUGCACCGAAGUUGGAGCCAGGGGAUUAUGCAGAUUUAGUCAGAGCUUUAAAAAAGGUGAUAUCGAAAGAUUCCAAUGUGAUGGUAGUGGCCCUUGGGGGCAGGCUACUAGGAAUGAUAGCGAGCGGUCUUCGCAGCAAAUUCCAGCCAUACGCAGUGGCUUGUGUUCAGGCCAUACUGGAGAAGUUCAAGGAGAAGAAAACGAAUGUUGUCACUGCUCUGAGAGAUGCCAUCGAUGCUAUUUAUCCUUCUACGAAUCUUGAAGCAAUAAUGGAAGACAUGCUUGCGGCAUUCGAUAACAAGAAUCCAUCUAUCAAGGCAGAAAGCGCUAUAUUCCUGGCGCGGGCUUUAUGCCAUACGCAGCCAGCGGCUUUCAACAAGAAACUGGUCAAGGCUUAUGUUGCCGGACUUUUGAAACUGCUUGAAAGCGCAGAUCCAGUUGUAAGAGACGCAGCCGCAGAAGCCUUGGGUACUGCAACAAAGUUGGUUGGAGAAAAAAAUAUCGCACCACACAUUGGAAAAUUAGACAAUCUGAAAGAACAGAAGAUCAAAGAGUUUGCUGACAAGGCUGAGAUAAAAGUAAAAGUAUCAGCUCCAAAGAAGGAUACAAAACCAAAGUCAGCUGCAACCACCAUUGGCAAAGGGGACGGUAAACCUGCUGCCGGCUCUUCACAACCCAAACCUGUGAAAAGGAUAGCUUCUGCUGUAAAGAAACCGGCUGCCGGAAAGAAAGCACCAGCCAGGGCACAACCCAGUCCUCCCCGGGAACAAGAAUUAUCACAAGAGGAAGUCGAUGCCAAAGCUGAGCAGUUGUUCCCCGGGGAUGUUAUCAAUGGUCUUGGCGACGGAAAUUGGAAGAACCGUUUGUCAGCAGUCCAGUCUUUCCACUCAACAGUUCAAGGACUCACAACUGCGGAUACUUCGGCGCAAGUCCUUUAUCGUGUGCUUAACAAAAAGCCGGGCCUGAAAGAUACCAAUGUACAAGUCCUAAAGGCCAGGCUUGAGGCAUGCAAGUACAUUACAGAAAACUUCCCAGUUUCCACGACAUCAGCAGAUUUCGUUCUCCAAGACGUAGUGACAAAACUCGGUGAAACUUCCUGUUCAUCAGUCUCAUCGGAUUGCCUGACAUCCUUAGCCGAAGGUUGUGGCCUUGAGCACGUGUUAAACGAGGGUUUAACCUUCGCAAUGGACUCGCAGAAGAAUCCUAAGGUGCAGGCGGAGAUGUUAAACUGGAUGGCCACCGCAAUAAAGGAGUUUGGAUUCACAAUGAACGUCAAAACAAUAGUAGUACACACAAAGAAAGCCUUAGCCGCAACAAAUCCCAACGUACGCACAUCAACAGUUAAUUUCCUCGGAAUACUUUCACUGUAUGUCGGACCUUCCCUAUUGAACCACUUCGACAGUGAGAAGCCAGCGACAAAACAAUUGAUCAGCUUGGAAAUGGAUAAAUAUGCUAAUAGUACGCCGCCAACGCCUACGAGACAGUUGGGAACAGUCAGUAAGUCUGCAAGUAAAGGUUCGAUGGGCGAUGAGAUUGAGGAACCGUAUGAAGAAGCGAUUGACGAUGAGCCGCCCGUGGUCGACGACAAUCGGCCCCGGACUGACAUUGCACCGCUCAUUACUGAUACAUUGGUUGCUGAAUUCAACGAUAAGAACUGGAAGGUCCGUAACGAAGCAUUGGACAAAGUCAAGGCCAUAAUCCAAAGCUCAGCACCAAUAAAAGCCUCAUUAGGAGAACUUCCCGCAGCGUUGUCUGCCCGUUUGUUCGAUUCCAACUCUAAGCUAGCUCAGAGUGCCAUACAAAUUUGUGAGCUACUCGCAGCUGCUUUGGGAACGAAGUGUAAACAGCACGUGAGGACUUUCUUCCCGCCGUUUUUCCAAGCGUUCGGCGAUAGUAAACAAUGGAUUCGGGCAGCAGCGGUUUCAUGUGUUGAGGCUUGGUGCAAGGAAGUCGGUCCACAAGCCGCCUUCGAAGGGGAGAUGGUAUACGACGCACUCAAAGCCGGCUCGCCCGUACUACGAGCAUCUCUGCUGCAGUGGAUAGCUGAGAAACUACCUUUAAUACCACUCAAAGCCUUCCCACGGGAAGAGUUAACAGUAUGCGUGCCGAUACUCUUCGCCUGCAUUGAAGAUAGGGCGGCAGAUGUACGUAAAGCGUCCGCUGACUGCGUACUACCUUUCAUGCUUCACCUCGGGUAUGAUUCCAUGCACAAACAGAUGGACAAACUAAAGCCUGGCUCUAAGUCUGUAGUUCAAGCUGCGUUAGACAAAGCACGACCUAAUCUACCGGUACAACCCUUGCCAUCGAAAGGCAAGAAGGACGAGCCUAAAGGUGUCAAGUCUGCCGGCGCGCUCAAAAAGGAAGCCGAAAAGAAGGGCGUGCCAGCUGCCAAAGCUAAGGUGGUAAAACCAACAUCCGCAACAAGUCGCGGCAAGAAAGAGGACGAAGAUUGUACGCCAUUACUGCCAAACAACAACGCAAAGAACCAACGCAUAGUCGACGAUCAGAAAUUGAAAGUUCUCAAAUGGAACUUUACCACUCCUCGUGAAGAAUUUUUCGAACUGCUCAAAGAACAGAUGUACAGCGCGGGUCUUAACAAGCAACUAGUGGCCAACAUGUUCCAUAAUGACUUUAGGUACCACUUGAAAGCCAUAGAAGCACUAUCCGAAGAUCUCCACGAGAAUGGCACAGCUCUAAUGGCAAACCUUGACCUGGUCCUUAAAUGGCUAACACUGAGGUUCUUUGAUACAAACCCAUCGGUUAUCCUCAAGGGCUUGGAGUACCUAACAAUAGUGUUCCAGUACCUGAUCGACAGUGACUACACCAUGGCAGAGUAUGAAGCGAACUGUUUCAUACCUUAUUUGGUUUUGAAGGUGGGAGACCCCAAAGAUACUGUCAGGAAUGGUGUGAAAGCUCUAUUCAAACAAAUAUGUGUAGUUUAUUCCGUCACCAAGCUGUUUGGAUAUCUGAUGGAAGGAUUAAAAUCUAAAAAUGCAAGACAAAGAGCUGAGUGUCUCGAAUGCAUCAACCAUCUGCUCGAGACGUACGGUUCUGCGGUUAUAACUGGCGGUGUGGGCGCAUCGUUGCGAGAGCUCGCACGCCACAUCGGCGAUCGGGACAACGCAGUACGUUCCGCAGCGCUCAACUGCGUCGCGAGCGCCUACUUCCUUGAUGGAGAGAAGGUGUACAAGAUGAUCGGUCAGAUAUCUGACAAAGAUCUCUCACUACUGGAAGAGCGGAUCAAACGUGCUGGGAAAAGUCGCAGUGCCGAUGAUCGCCGGUCUAUGUUAGUGCCGCUUUCGGCGUCAGGACGACCCAUUCUACAAGCACCUGAGGAAGACGACGAUCACGUUAUGAAUGUAGAACAGGCGCCACCGGAUGAAUAUGAAGAGGACGAAGUGGAAGAACGGCCCCCUUCGCCGGUUCAACCCAGGGUAAUGCAAGAGCCGAAAGUGAUAUCCGGUCCCUUCGGCCUGGACCCCGAGCUGAUCGCGAAGUUGGACGCAGAUGUGCCAGUUCGUCGCGCUCUCGACAUGCCGGAGCACGAUCUCAAGUUCCUGGACGAGCCGGUGCCAGCGACCACUGUGAGGACUGUCGCUACUCCCGCGAGAUCCACUAGUAUGGUAACAAUGUCGCCUCCCCGUCUCGGGGCGCCACCUCCUAUGCCAUCAUCUGCCCACAAGCCAACAGUUGACGAUGCACAACUUGCCGACACUAUACACUCAAUCUCAAGUCCCGACCUUAACGCCGCCAUCCGUGCAUUAUCUCUCAUCUCUGGAGCCCUGGUAUCUGGUCGGGGCGCUGCCUUGGCAGCUCACGAAGCCCGCCUGGUCUCUGCAGUAGCGGCACAGCUAAGACGUCUACGCACCGCUCCGCCCGGUGCGAAUACUGCGCAGCAGACUUUACCUGCUUAUAAGUACCUAGGUGGAGCGUUGACCACGUUCUACGACACAGCGGGUUGUGGGCGGCAAGUCGGGGAAAGCGCACUACGCUCGUUGUUGGGGGAACUGCUCCUAGUGCUGGGGGCGACGCCCGGCGCCAGCGGGGCACCUCCCGGCGAUGCGGAGCGCCUCGUGCGGUUGCUGAACAACGUGUGCGUCCGCGUGCUCGAACAUUCGCCGCGCACCGCAGUACUAUGCGCAAUAGUCUCACUUCUCCAUGAUUCAAUAGUGGAAUCAGAUCCUGCCUACCCGCGCUAUCAGGACCUCCUUCUAAAAUGCUUCUGGAAGACCCUAAAGAUGAUUUCAACAUGGGAAGUGAAUUCGAUAGACUAUGAUGCAGUUCUCUAUAAGAUACACCUGUUUUAUAAGGCCUACCCGAAUAGUUACUGGAAGAAGAAUCCGGAAAUUAGUGAUACCCCAUACAGAACAGUCAAAACUCUAGUCCACACGCUAGUCAAAAUGAAAGGCGCAUCCAUUAUGAAUCAUUUGACACAAAUACCGGAUGUCAAUGAAUCUGAUCUCUAUCCGUAUUUACAUAAAGUUCUAAAGCAACUAAAAUUGGAUGAAAGGAAAGACACUCCAUCGGACGCAAUCAACGGUGGUCUGCCCAGUGCAGUGAGCACAGUCAAUACUGCUCUGAAUGCGGGUAGAUUACCUAGAGGAGUUCACGAAGAGCUGGCUCUAAUACUGAAGAGAAUUGGUUCCAAGGAACACAAUAGAGAAGCUUUGUCACAGUUGUACGACUUGCGGGAGCGUCACCCAGAAGUGGAUAUAUGGACAUUCAUGCAGGGCUCCUCGUUCUACUUCCGGAAUUACGUAGAACGGGGACUGAGGGAGGUGGCCGAACAACGCAAGUUAGCGUCCGUGCCUAUGUACAAGAGCGAUUACAAAACGGAAAAUAUAGAUAUAAGCAACGAAAAUGAUGAAAAGUCGCACGUUAUUUUUCUGGAAAGGCUAAGAGCCCUGCAAGCUAAAGCGGGAAUCAAAACGGAGUCAAACCCAUCGUCUCAACCUCGAACACCAGUCGGCGACAAUCGAGCGCUAACAGACUCCAUCAAUGAGAACACCCUCCCGCGAGCGCACAGUAUCGAUCCACAACUCGAGCUCCACACAUCACAAUCUGUCGCGAGGAAAGAAGCGGGCGUAGAUGCGUUACGUCUCAAGUUACAGCAAAUCAAGAGCUCCUCGAAGAGAUAAGGGUAUCGCAUUCACUUGUUCGGAAAGCAGCUCCGCUCUCAUUUACUCAUCUUGACAUGCGGGACAAACGAUUGUCGUCCUUAGUACUAACAUAUUAGUGUAUUGUUCCGCACGUACAUUAAAAACCCUUGUGAUAUAACCUUAUAGAAACGUCCCUGAGGAUAGGCGCGUAUUUUCGAAUAAAUAAUUGACUUAUUGUUAGAAAUCGAUAACGAUUCGAGAAUUAAGCAAUGCAUUUGUCAAUAAUUCUCAUAAAUGGAUGAUAGUUCGAUGAAUUCGAUUUUUGGUAACUCAGUGACAUUUUCUUUGACGCGCGUCUUGGUUGUUUAUCACAGGUUUCCACCAACUUACUGUAUAAGAUUUAACCUUGUUCCUUGAAUUCCAAUAAAUUUAUAUUGUAUUACGGCGGAUAAUAAAUUAUAUAGCUAAUUCCUCUGAUCAUAAAACAUUAUUCAUUUUUAAUUUUUAUUAAAAUAUUAAUUAAAUACUAGUCACGCGCUAUAUUUGAUUGACGUAUGCCUGAAUUAUUAAGAACCCGCCGUUUAUUAAUCAUGACCACGUUUGCGUGACGUGGCUCAGAUCAUAAUGUCAUGUGCACGUCUUAGAAUUUAGAAUAGAUUAUUUGAAAAUGCGCGCCGAAUCUUAAUUUAAUCUCAUUAUUUUCAACUCUUUUCCAAUUACAUUUUAGUUCCUAGAAUUUAUUUAAACUAACCAGUAAGUUUAGUACUAGACUAUUCGGAUUAGCCUUUGAAAAUAUCUGCGAACCUCCAUUUACCAUCUACUGCAGAUUAUUCCUGCACUAACGAUUAUUGUCCAAAUGCAAACUAAACUGGAAAUUCCUACGAGAAAAGAAUGGCACUAUUUUUUCGCCAGCCAUGAAAUGACACUAACGGCUCCGAAGACUAUGAAAAAACCGGAGCGAUUCAGCUAGCGAAAAAUUAGCGAGUUAAUAGCGCGCUUCAAAUAUUAAAGGUUUAUUGAACGCUUGAUAUUUGAUAUGCGCUUAUAUUUUAAUAAGCAGCUGGGUAUUCGAGGUUGAGCAGAUUUUUUCGCGAAAAAAAACCCCAAAUGGCACCAUGCACCGUAGCGUGUUGAGUCAAAUCGUAGUAUUUAACGUGAGCAGAAAUACACUUAAAUCAUGACCCAGCGUCGCGUAUGUUGUUGGUAAAGUAGUACGGUCGCUAUAUUUGAGUAGUUUUGACAUAAACCUUAUCAUAAUUUUACUCGCUCACACUCAUUAGCACUGCAGGAGCCUUAUAGUAGAAACACUAUAAGGACUCGUCUGUGAGAAUGCUACCCAGGUGGUUAUAGAGGAACUAUAGUGUGUCUCCUCCACUAGCCGUAGAAUAGACGGAUUGGAUGAGGCUCAACAUGCGUCGCGUGUCGUAGAUUAGUGUGCCGGGGACAUUCGCAUCUCAAGUCGUCCAUUGCUUUGCACAUUUGAAAUGACAAUAGAAUUUAAACAUUAUCUUUAAGCAGGGUAAACGUAUGAAAUUGUUUCAGUGACUUAGUGAACAGCUGUAAUGGGAAUGUAUUUGAACAAUCUGGUAAUUCUUGCCAUGUGUGUGAUUCUUGGGAAGAUGGAAAUAAAUUGGUGCCUAAUAUUUUGUUUAUUUGUUUGUGUGCACAUGCUAUGUGUGAGUAAUUUCACAUUAUAACGAAAAAAUGUGUUAAUUGUGUCCGAUAGAUGGAUCACUAAUCUAUAUAAAUAAAUAUGGCUCUCAUAUCGCGUAACUAACAUUGUAAAUAACGUGUGUAACUGACUAUAAGACUGGUCAGUUUUCUUUGGUGGGCUGUUCGGUAUUGUUUCAGAGCUAUUAAUAUAUACUAGUCGGCACUUAUUUAACAAUGUUUGUUGCGUCGUAUAAAACGCACGAGCGCACUAUUAUUACUUGUAAUUUAUUCAAAUACAAAUAUGACGCUUGUGUUAGUUGUCAAUUCAUUCAGGCACUGUCAUGAACGCACGUCGUUCAUUAAUGUUCGGCAAAUUCAUUAUGAUUAUUAGUGUUAUUUACUCACUCACAAGUUAUGUUCACAUAAAUAGAUAUAUAUUUCUGUAUUGUUGUAAUUAAUAAUAUAUAUAUAUAUAUAUAUAUGUUUAUAUUAUAUAUAUAUAUAUAUAUGUACAUUUAUAUAUAUAUAUUGCACGUGUGGCAUUGUUUUCUGAAAUUGGAUUGCCCCAUUAGUAUUAAGGUAGUUUUAAUUAAUCCGGGGCAUACCUAGGGGGAACGGAAAAGUAGGGUACCUAAGUAAAGCUAUCUGGCAAUGUUUUACUGUAUCAAUAAUAAAUCGAAAAUCGUAAGUUUUUUAUGAAAAGAUAAAAUUAUUUGACUGUUUUUUUUUUCACAUGCAUGUGUGUUGUAAAAUCGUGCCUAUUAAGAGGAUGAGCAGUCGGUAUGAGGGUGUUGGUUGUAAGUCCCAUUGUCUGAUAUCUACUGUUUCUGUUCCCUCUUCUGUAAAUUGGAUACACCCAUAUUUAUUAUUAUUAUUAUAUACUUAGAUUAUACCUGUGUUGCCAGUAUAACAAAACGUUCCCAUUUUAAGUAGAUGCCUUUAAAUGUUGAUAUCUCUCAGCCAGUGAUCGAUAACGUAUAACGAAAAGAAAUAACUAAUUUUUUAAUACGCUAUGUAUCUCUUAGCAAAUAACGGCCGAUAGACGAUAGAAAGUCGAUAAUAUACGAAAAAAUAGUUUUAAAAAGUAUGUAUUAAACUGUAUACAGAUUAAAGGGAAAAAAUUUAUUGAGCCAGCACAGAGAAGUGGCGGUUGGGAUGGGUCUGCGCAAAUUAUCACCGGAAGUUGACCACCAAGGGCAAGUCUGCUAUUACAAUAGCGAUCCCAGAUCAGCUUUGCCACAGUGUGACUUGGAGCAAAGCUGAUCUUAGAGGGCACCAAAAGAGGUCCCGGCCAAGACCACUUAAUAAAAAUGGUAUGAUAAAUAGGGCGAAUGCACGAUUCUAAGAUAUGGCGUUUGACAUCUCAUUUAUAGGUUCGAUGCCUCCCCUGUCGGGAUAAAUUCACAGUAUGAUCUUCAUUGCUUAUGGUGCCAUGGUCACCAUUGCAAGAGUUAAUAAUACGGGCGCAAUGUUACCUGUUUAUAGGUUUUAACAGUGUAACUUCAGUCUUGUUCUACAGCAACAUAACGUGAAAGAUGGUACCCGUACGUGGUUGGCGUCCAAUCAACUCAAAAAAUGUCGCCGCCCAUAAAGUGUAGUCUACAUUUUUUUUCUUUAAUCUGUGUCAUAUUAGUGAACUUGAGCCUUUUUAUUUUAAUUCAAUGUAGUCUUCAUUGUAAUUGAAAACUAUGAUUGAUGUAUUCAAUUACCAUUUACGUUGUAUUAUUUUCAUUUAAUGUGUGAUUAUUGUUUUAUGAAUAUUGACUAAAUAUUGCAAUUGUAUACAUUAUUUUUCAGUAAGUAAUUAUUCAAAAUGAAUAUUUUGAUGUAAUGUAAAAACUAGCUCUAGGAACAUAAAGGUUAGACUACGGUAAGUACAUAUGACACAUAUUUGGUUUGCUUCAAUCUUUAUUUAUGUUCAUGCUUUUAUUCCAUACGGAACUUAAUUUUCAUACGAUGAGCAUAUAAUAGGAGAUCUCCCAUAUCGUUUAUUUUUAUGUCAGACUUAAUUUAAUCAUCAGAAAUUGUUUUUGCUACUUUUAUAAAUUCUUUCUUUUUAUAAAUUCAAGAACAAAAUUGAUAUCCAAAACAGUUGUAAGUUAGAAACCUUCUGGUCACACUUUUUAAACAGCAAACAGCUUUUAAUAAGAAUGACGUUCAACAUAAUAUUAUUUCAACAUAUUCAUACUAAUAUUAGGUCACAUAUUAUGUUGCAUACAACUUUUUAUUAAGUGAAAAAUUUUAAAAUUAUUCUAACAGCAGAAAAAUACUCUCGAUUUAUUCCUAUUUAUGUCCUAUGUAGUAUUUUCGGAUUUUCAAAAUCCUUAAAUAAUUGUUUUAAUAGUAAAACAAUUGCAAUACUUAGAAAGAUAUUUUUAAUGUACGUUUCUAUCUACAUUGGUUUAUUUAAAUAAUAUAUAAGACUGUUCUCGGUUGCGCCUAGUGUUGAAUACUCAGGUUUGCGUUGUUUUGUGUUGUGUUUAGUUUGAUGAAUCAGUGGUCAUCCAGUAGGUUUAUUAGAAAACUUGUAUAGCUGCGAUGAGGCCAUAAUAUUUUAUAAUAUCAUUCUUAUUAAAUAAUAACCCCUCCAUUAUAACAUUCUACUAAAUCAAAAUGUAUACAUUCCCACUGUAUUGGUUUUGUGGUACAAAUUUUAUUGACUUUUGUGAUUUCCGAACUAAAAUAACCUUGACUGAUUUUUUUAAAUAAUUUUAUAUCCCAUUAUGAAUUAACAUUCAGGACAGAAAGAUUAUAAUAUGGAAUUUGGGAUAAUUUAUGCUUAUUGAAAUAAAUAAAAAGAGAUUAAUUGAAAUCAUAAUGCCAGCAAUAGUGUCGGAUUCAAAAUGUCGAAACAAUUUAAUCCGAUCUUGAAUCAGAUGAUCUGUGUUUUUUCUUAAUGGCAUCAAAUUACCCCUCAUUCGGGGUAUCGUUAAAUGUGCCUAUUUCAAUUGUUACAAAAUAUAUUGUUAUUGUGUGACGUGUUUUCGAAAGUUUGUUACUUUGUUGAAGAGUGUUUUCCCAGUAGAAGUGGGAAUAUUAAAGUUAGUUUAGUUACAGUUGUUGUUGGUUACUGAAUGAUUUAUUUGAUUUUUCAAUUAAAAAUAUAUAUAUAAUUAGUACCUAUUCUUCUUCGGAACUUAUCUUUUGCACUACCGUGUACUCUAUUAUGCAUCAUCAAACGUUCGAAAAGUGUCACAUUUCCGAUUCAUUUCAAUGGAAAAAAAAAAUUAUUACCAUAAUAAUGUCUUUAAUAGAAUGUACGAAUAUUCAUUUUAGUAUUGCUUUUUAUGAAACUUGACUUAUAUCUUGAGCAUUUAUUUAUUUUGAAAUGUAUUAUUAUUAAAAUCAUGAUGUAAUAUUGAUGAAUAAAGUUCAUACAACACAA